GGCUCUGGGAAUGAACAGUAACCCCAGAGGAGCCAGCUUCAGUCUUGGCCCAAAGUGCAGAUUCAAAAGGAAUCCGGACUAAAGGGGCGCAGAGUGAAAAGGCUUAAGAGUGGUAAAUAGUGGGGAUUGGGGAUUGAGGGUGUUCUUGUCUUUUGGCUUAUCUCUCUGGUCACUACACCUAUCCACAGCCACCGCCCAUGGCAGGCUCCAGAGCGUGCGAUUAGGCCCAGGAUUUGUGAGGAAACGCCUAAUAUAGAGACGCACCCUCCCUAAGAAGCAGCUCCCUCCUGCCGGUAGAAGGUCUCAAGAGAGAGCGCCCUCCAGGGCGGGAUUGGACCCUGCUUCUUGGAGGCGGGACUCGAGGCUAGCGGGUUGAGGGGUAUUUAAGAUUGGGCGGAGUUGGAGGUGGCCAAGGGCAAAAUGAGUGGGCUUUUGGGAGCCAGGACCUGCUCACGCCCGGGAGAGGUCUCCGACCUUAAGUCCCCUCUGGGCGCCAAGCUCAGGGAACCUCUCACCGAGGCUCGGUUCCAGCAGAUCUUCGGGAGCGCAGAGCAGGAGCCGGAGCUACUCGCGGAGCCCCGCUGGUCCCGCCUGUGCAGCCUGUGGAGGCAGCGGGCCCGCGCCUGUUCCGGACCGGGGGCGUGGCGCCUGCUGCUGGCGCGGCUGCCCCCGCUACGCUGGCUGCCCCACUACCGCUGGCGGACCUGGCUGCUUGGGGAUGCGGUGGCCGGACUGACCGUGGGCAUCGUGCACGUGCCCCAGGGCAUGGCUUUUGCCCUCCUGACCUCAGUGCCCCCAGUGUUCGGACUCUACACUUCUUUCUUUCCUGUCCUCAUCUACACCUUGUUGGGUACUGGGAGACAUUUGUCCACAGGAACGUUUGCCGUACUCAGUCUCAUGACUGGCUCGGCUGUGGAGCGGCUGGUGCCCGAACCCCUCGGGGGGAACCUGAGUGGAAUCGAGAUGGAACAGUUGGAUGCUCAGCGGGUUGGGGCGGCUGCAGCCGUGGCCUUCGGGAGCGGGGCGCUGAUGCUGGGGAUGUUCGCUCUGCAGCUCGGCGUCCUGUCCACCUUUUUGUCCGAGCCUGUGGUUAAAGCGCUGACCAGCGGGGCCGCGCUGCACGUGCUCGUGUCCCAGCUGCCGAGCCUUUUGGGAUUGCCCCUCCCGCGCCAGAUCGGCUGCUUCGCUCUCUUCAAGACGCUGGCCGCUGUGCUGACCGCACUGCCCCGGAGCAGUCCGGCCGAACUGACCAUCUCUGCACUCAGCCUGGCGCUGCUUGUGCCGGUCAAGGAAUUGAACGUGAGAUUCCGAGACAGGCUACCCACCCCGAUCCCAGGGGAAAUCGUCAUGGUGCUUCUGGCCUCUGUGCUCUGCUUCACCUCUUCCCUGGACACAAGAUAUAACGUCCAAAUAGUGGGGCUGCUGCCCGGAGGAUUUCCCCAACCUCUCCUCCCCAACCUGGCUGAGCUGCCCAGGAUUCUGGCUGAUUCGCUGCCUAUUGCACUGGUUGCUUUUGCUGUGUCUGCCUCCCUGGCCUCCAUCUACGCAGACAAGUAUAACUACACUAUUGACUCCAAUCAGGAGCUCUUGGCACAUGGCGUCUCCAACCUCAUCUCUUCCCUCUUCUCUUGCUUUCCCAACUCGGCCACGUUGGCCACCACCAGCCUACUAGUGGACGCUGGUGGGAACACACAGCUGGCAGGCCUCUUCUCCUGCAUAGUUGUCCUGUCGGUGCUGCUGUGGCUGGGGCCCUUCUUCUACUAUCUGCCCAAGGCUGUCCUGGCCUGCAUCAACAUUUCCAGCAUGCGCCAGAUGUUCUUCCAGAUGCAGGAACUUCCACAACUAUGGCGCAUCAGCCGCAUGGACUUUCUCCUCCAGGUCCCAGGGCUCUGCAUCCUGAGCUAUCCAACACCACUCUACUUUGGGACCCGCGGACAGUUUCGCCGCACCCUGGAGUGGCAUCUGGGGCUUGGAGGAGGCAAGGAGAUGCCAAAGACAGAUAGCCCACCUAAUGCAGUUGCUGAGCCUGUCAGAGUGGUGGUCCUAGACUGCAGUGGUGUCACUUUUGCAGAUGCUGCUGGGGCCAGAGAAGUGGUACAGCUGGCCAGCCGAUGUCGAGAUACUGGGAUCCACCUUCUCCUGGCUCAAUGUAAUGCCUCAGUGCUGGGAACACUGACUCAGGCAGGACUCCUGGACAGAGUGACCCCAGAACAGCUGUUUGUGAGUGUCCAGGAUGCAGCUGCUCAUGCCCUGGAGAGACUGGUGAGGGGUAGUAGCAACACAAGUAGAAGUCAGGAGGUGCUGGGCUGUGGCAAGUGAGGUGUGAAUCAGAGGCUGAAGGUCCAGACAGAGGGAUUUGGGAAGGGGGCUGAGGAGGAAGAUGGAGGAAGGGUGGGGAUGAAAUGAGCAGUUGACUUAAGACUGACUAAACCAGGGAGAAUGGGCCCCGCUAUGGGUGAAGAACUGAGGAACUAAAGGUCCCAAAAGGGGUGGUGUGCCCCUCAGAAGACGGCCAAAUCUUGGGGGGGGGGUCCUAAUCUUCUUGACAUGUCUCUUUCGUUUUCCAGGAGCUCACUGGUCCAAAGACUUGCACAGUGUGGGUAUAACCUGGGCACUUGGAAUAUGGAGAGCCCCAACAAUGUGUGUGAGGAGGGCCAUGGC